UGUCGCUAGUGAUGCCCUUGUGAAUGGAGCUAGCUGGGAAGCUUGCUAAUUAGCGCUUGUGUACUGAAUUGUUCUGUACUGCGGGUUUCCUUUACUUAUAUUUAUUGAAACACAGAUCUAGGUUUGCACUGUGACACACCAUGGCAGCUAAGAUGUUGCCAGUAGUCAAGUUAGCCACAAAAGUGGGCAUUGCUGGAGGGGCUAUGUACGUGGCCUACGAUUCAGGACUCCUUAGUGGCAGUGCAGAGGGCUCAGAGGCUCUAAACAAAGCUAAAGCAGCCAUCCCUCCCGCUGUGGACGAGUGGACAAAAUACUUUGGCUUGGAGCUUCCUGCAGCACCCAAAAUCGAGUUUUCUCCAGGUGAUGCUUGGAACUCAGAAGAGGUGGAGAGAGUGGAUUGUGCGCAUGAAACAAAAUCAAGCAGUCAAAGAAGAAACGGGCCAGCAACGCUCAAGCAAAAAGGAGAAGAUUGGAGGUAAACAUUUUUACUUUUGCUUGCAAUUGACAAGUCAAGAAUCCUGAGGGAUCCUGUACAAUCAUUGUGGAAACGAGACAAAGGGAUAUUUCCUCGCUCAGAAUAGGCUAUAAAUAGUAUAAUGCCGCAGAUGGCAGGCUAAUGUGGCCUACCGGUGCACUGUCCAGUAAUCGUUCCCUAUAUCCACUAGGGAGGCGGUUUAAUUAUUCUUCAAAAGGGCUCUUAUUUAGUAUUAUGACGAAAGUAGGAAUUUAUCAAAAUUACCAGGAUAAAUCGUUUGGGCGCGAGUCUUGUUGAGGCCCGGGGUCACCGCGAUCAGAGUCGGCCGAGUCGCUGUCCGAUUCUGAGGCUGCACGGUCAAACCAGUGAGCCACAUUCACCGAUUGCUUUGCAACGGCCAUAGGUUCAUACAUGUAUGAUUUCACCUUUCGAUAUUUAAUUUGGAGAGUUCCUACUUCAAAAUGGCUAUUGCUGUCAGACAUUUUUACACAACCUCUCAUGACCAAAGUCCGUACACGUGCUCGGUUCCCAAGUAAACACAGAACUGCUCCCAGUCUGUUUGGCUUAAAUGACGUCAUGAUGACUGCCCUCUGGCAGUGAAAGUGCGCAUAAGUGAGAUGUAAACAAACCUUCGGAAAUUGGGCAAUAUAUUUUAACCGUUUUAUUCAAUUUUAGGGUGCAAAUUAGACACUAGGAAGAUUGAAUUCGCUUUUUGGGUCGUUCUUCUAGACAAUAAAGUUGAUAUUCUAUGUUUCACCUCUGACCAUUGCCUAUGAACUUUAAGGUUUCUUUAACCGAUAUAAAAUGUUCCUUGAUAACUGUUCAUUGUGUGGACUCAGGCUACAUCCACACGACAACGGCAACGAGAUGUUAUUUAAAAAUAUAUCGCGUCCAAAUGGGCAACGAUCAGUAAAAUAUCAGGUCCAUAUGGCAACGCAACGCUUGCUGAAAACGAUGCAAUACACAUGCCACACCUCUAGGGGCGCUGUAAGACGGUCCCUUCGGAGACACCAGAACAAUAGAAGUAAGGACGCAUGCGCAUAAACUAUUAUGCGCAAGACUUCAUAUUGGCCACAAAGUCAGGAAAAUCUGUUCGUAAAAUUACAUUAUAAUGACCAAAUACAAUGAAAAGUAUUUUUCCAGUCUCACCUUUGAAAGGUAAUCCCAUGUGAUCUCGUUUGGACGGUAAACCUGUUGGUACAGUUAACCCUUUGGUGACUGACCCCUUGAAAAUGGUUCCUCCAGGAACCAUGACAUUUCAGUUGUCAAGACAACGGAAAAACUAAAAUACAAAUACAAGAGCAUUUUGUUUUGUGCACAAGAGCAUUGUGACGUAUCUUUCUGUUUUUGUAUUUUAGUUUUUCCGUUGUCUUGACAACUGAAAUGUCAUCGUUCCUGGAGGAACCAUUUUCAAGGGGUCAGUCACCAAAGGGUUAAACGCAGCUAAUCUUUAUUCUCCGCUUUGACCUAUCCAAUAUGGUGGCGAGGAUGACGUAUGAUUCUACGCGGAAGGCGGCGUCUUUAAUGGUCCGGAAUAAAUUGAAUGCUACACGUUGAUGGAUUAAUUUGUUGUUUCUCACCUGUGAAAGGUAAUCCCAUGUGAUCUCGUUUGGACGGUAAACCUGUUGGUACAGUUAAACGCAGCACAUGAAUCUUUAUUCUCCGCUUUGACCUAUCCAAUAUGGCGGCGAGGAUGACGUAUGAUUCUACGCGGAAGGCGGCGUCUUUAAUGGUCCGGAAUAAAUUGAAUGCUACACGUUGAUGGAUUAAUUUGCUCUUCUACGCCCUUUUUGAGGAAUGUAUUGUCGGACUUAAACCAACAUCUGAAGAGGUGAGAUCGCUCCUUUUUUUCCCUAUUUUUGCUGGCAGGAUUGACUCUGCCCUAAGGGCAGAGUCUCUCUCUCUCUCUCUCUCUCUCUCUCUCUCUCUCUCUCUCUCACUUUGCACCAUUACACAAUAAAUAUUCACAGUGAAAAUAUUUUGUAAGCGCGUUUCAUGAACCAAGUUAUAGGAUUUGUUGACAACUCGCAUCGAGUUCGUUACACUUCUACCCGGCGUGAAGCACUCACAGUCAUGUGGUUGUGACAUCAUCGUAAACAAAUCCGUUCUACUCAUCCAGACGACUUCACAACGGCAACGUUGCCAGAUCUUUCCACUCUGGAACCCGUUCUCAAAAAGAUUGCGUUUUGGGCACCCAAAACGCCGGUGCCGUGUGGACGCCAGGCCUAAACGAUAAGCAAUUGUAUCGGAGUCACCUGAAUCCGUUGCCGUGUGGACAGGGCCUCAGAGUUUUGGACUCUGCUAUUAACCAUGAAAUAUAAAUGUGCUGAAAUGUUGAUUUCAAACCU